AUGGCGUUUCACCCAAUUACCUCGCUUCUGACGGCUAGAAAUAUAUAUAUGACAUGCCAGCACGACACCACGCUCUUCUUCACGCAAAGACAACUAAAGAUUCAUUGGAACGCGGUAAAGCGAAUUUUAAAAUACGUGAAGGGGACAGUAGAUUACGGUAUCCAGUUCGAGUCGAACAUGAAAAUUCUGAAUCUGGCAGCUGAUAGUGAGGCGGAUUUUGCGGGUGACAAGGAAACAAGAAAGUCGAAUAGUGGUUUCCUGAUAGAAAUCGGUAAAGCAUCUGUAGUUUGGGGGACGCAGAAACAGAAAUCAACAGCUCUGUCGACGACAGAAUCCGAAUACAGUCAAACCUGA